AACAGGUCUCGCUAUCGGACGCGCAUAUAAAUCGCCCGAAUGCGCCUGCAUGGAGGACGUUGACCGCCCACCGUCCACGGUCUCCGCAUCUCACCAGCCAUGCCCGACACGCAUUCCCCUUCUGUCCGCUCCGAGCCGAGGCCUGCUGACAAGGUUGAAGAAGGGCCGGUCAUGGUGCAGGACUCGACGCUUUCAGAGGGCACUUUCCACCAAGCACAGGUCGCUGGGAUAGCGGAGCGGAAACACUUCUUCUCUCCUCCCGAUGCCUCCCUCGCGGAAGCCGUCAACCGGGACGCCGACAAUGUCGAAUUCACGGAGGAGGAAGAGAGGGCUGUGCGGCGGAAGAUAGACGUGAGAGUGCUAUCCCUCGUGGUCUGCAGCUAUAUCUUCAACCAGUUCGAUCGUACAAACAGCGGAAAUGCUCAUGUCCUCAAGGCCUUCAACCAGAACUUCGGGAUCACGGACAACAACAAAUGGACGCUUGCACUGAGCAUUUUCUAUGUGGGAUACUGCAUUUUGGAGAUGCCCGCGAACGUGCUGCAACGGCAUAUUGGCGCUAACCGAUUCUUCUUCCUCUCCCUUACCUGGUGGGGCAUUGCAUCAUUGUCGUUCGUAUAUGCCAAGGGCUAUGGCGGUCUGCUCGCGCUACGAGUUAUGCUCGGGAUUGGGGAAGCGGGUUACUAUGCAGGGAUGAUUUACUACUUGUCAUUCUGGUAUAAGCGAUCCGAGCUUGCGAUGCGUAUCAGCUUGUGUAUGACUGGGACGCUCCCCGGAGCGAUUGGGGGCCUGCUCGCGUUUGGCCUCGUCCGCGCACAUACUUCUCUGCUCACAGGAUGGCAGUUCCUCUUCCUCAUCGAAGCAAUACCUACGCUGAUCAUGGCCUCCACCAUCCUAUUCCUCCUCCCCUCCUUCCCGUUCACCGCGUCCUUCCUCACCCCGCGUGAGAAGGCGAUCGCCCAGGCGCGCGUCAACCGCGACCACCGCCCGCAGUCCCACGGUGGCAUGUCCGGCUGGGAGGGCUUCAAGGCGGUCGUAAACGACUUCAACGCAUGGGCGCUCAUGGUCAUCUACGCGAGCUUUAACGUCGGCGUCGCGACGAUCUCGUACUUCCUGCCCACCCUGAUCAACGAGCUCGGGUUUAGCCCGCUCUCGUCCCAGGGGCUGACCGUCGCGCCAUACGCGGUCGGCUGGUUCUUGGUGUUCUUCCAGGCUUGGCACAGCGACCGCACGCGCGACCGCGGGUACCACAUCAUGCUCUCCACCGCGAUCUCGUGCGUGGGGUACAUCGUGCUUGCGGCGCUCGCGGGCAAGGGCACUAGCUCGCGCAUGAUCGGCGGCCGGUAUUUUGCGUUGUUCUUGGUUGUUGGCGGGAACUACAGUCUCUUCCCGCUCGUCAUGAGCUGGGCGGCGAACGUGUUCUCGCCGACGUCGAAGCGCGGUGUCGGCACCGCCUUCAUCGUGUCGAUCUCGAACUGUGUCUCCAUCGCAUCACCCCAGAUCUACUUCGACUCAGAGCACGACUUCCGGGUCGGCCACGCGAUCGCCGCAGCGUGCUUGUUCGCGUCGUUCAUAUUUGCGUUCCUGCUCCGCACGCGCCUGGCACGCCUUAACAGGGCGAACGCUGAGAAGGUGCGCGCGAUGGCUGCGGAGGAGCCGGAGAAGAGCAAGGGCGAGGAUGCCCCGGCCGCGGAAGGAGAGGUCUGGGACGACGACCCGCGCUACGUCUUCAUGACCUGAGGUGCAGGGAGAUUACGACUUCCACGACGAUUCUUGGCGGCUGGCUUUGCAGCCGACACGAUUUGGGCGCGCUGAGGUACGCGCCAAAUGAGUAACGAGCGUUCUGUAUUCGCUGUUGUUGAAUGUUCUGUAAACUAGUUACGCUUGUCUUCCUAUCUCAUGCAACAUCUUACUUUUUACGCAUGCGGA